CUCCUCAACAAACUCAUGUUAUCCCGUCGUCUGUCCGGUGUUUAAUGUUGACUAGACACCGGUCUGAAAAUGCCUGGAACUAUAACGUUGUUAAGACGUCUUAACCGAAAUCAUUACCUGUUACGACAUUCCUUUAAGCUGUACUCCCGUUUCUCAACUGGUGAUGCCUUCGUGCCAUUUGAUGCACUGGUCAGCAGACGUCGAAAUGAAGCUCGGUGUUCAAUGCUUGUUGAGGUGGCUGGGGUUAAGUCAGCCUCUGAUUUGUACCAAGUCUGCUCUGAGUUUGGAUCUGUUAAGAAUAUGUUCCAUUACAAAACAAAAACUGGACAUGGAAAAAGGGAGAUGAUACUUGUAGAAUAUGAGGAUUCCACUUCACUUAGAGAUGCCUUGAAUAAUACUAUAUAUCCAAUGCACAAUGACAGCAUAAUCCCUGUCCACUCCCCUUUCCUCUGGCUAGCUGCCAAUAAGACAUCAAAAAAUUCAAAGAAUUCAUCGCUUCUUCGAGAUUCAGAGUCUUCUAUUCCUCUUAUAUCUGAAGAGCAGGAUAAGGAAAUGGAGUUACUCAGACAUCUUCAUCUUUGUUCUGACGUAUCAGAACAAAUACAGGCAAUAUAUGACUACCAGAAAUUAACAGAGCUUGGCUGGCGAUUACGAUUUUUUACUUGUAGGCAGGUAGAAAUUGCAUUGUUUGGUUUGUUCCCAAGUGCUGCAGUGUUACCGUUUGGAUCAUCUGUUAAUACAUUUGGGCGUCAUAACUGUGAUCUUGACAUGAUACUUGAAUUAACUGAUGCUGACAUGCAUAAAGAUAACCAUAGAUUAGUCUUUCAAACCAAGAAGUCCCGUGCUGCAGCCAACCCAAGGAUCACAAUGCAGCGUCACAUGGAAGUGAUAUCUGACGUCAUCGACAACUUUGUUCCUGGAUGUUCUCAGGUUCGUAAGAUAUUGGGCGCCAGAGUUCCUAUCAUAAAAUACUAUCAAGAUUAUACAGGCAUUGAAUGUGAUCUCUCUAUGGCCAACAGAUCUGGGUUCUACAUGAGUGAAAUGUUAUACUUGUAUGGGUGCAUGGAUCCUCGUGUAAGGCCCCUUGUGUUCACAAUCCGAAGCUGGGCCAAGGAUCGUCACAUGACUUCUCCAUUUGCUGGAAGGUGGAUCACUAAUUUUAGCUUGACUCUUCUUGUGCUGUUCUACCUCAUGAGAACAUCCCCUCCUGUUAUACCUCCAUUACAGACAUUAAUUAAGCUUGCAGGAUCUAGUGAUAAACGUGAAACAAAUGGUAUCAGUUGUACCUUUUUGAGAGACUUGAGGACAUUGACUUCUUCUGAUAACAAGGAUACUUUAGAAACGUUAUUAAAAGGAUUUUUUGAAUUUUAUGACAAAUUUGACUUCAAGGAAAGAGGCCUUUCAGUUGUCAGUGGUAGUGAUUUCAUCAAACCUGAACACAAGGCACUUUAUAUACAGAAUCCCCUUGAACGGGACCUCAAUGUAAGCCGGAAUGUCACUUUUGAAGAAUUAGAAAGGCUCACUACAGAAAUUACCAAUGCCCGAUAUCUCCUGGAAGGCCUGGAACCUGUGGAUCAAGCAAAGCAUGAACCUUGGGGUAUUCUUCGUUUGUGCAACAGUAAUACUCAUCCUGUGGCACUGAAGGCUGGCAACAUUGCUAUUGACUGGAAAGACUUCUUUUCCCCAGAACCAGAGAGAGCUUCCUCAGCAGACAUUGCAGAUGAUGUGCCAUUAUCCAGUAGGAACACUUCACCAGAGCAAAAUACUGCUUCAACAAAGAAAGGGGUAAAAAUUCAUGAAGAUGAUCACAGAAGUAGUAAAGAACAAUUAAUCAAGAGUUCAGACCUUAAUGGUUUGGUUACAAAAUUAAAGGUUAAAGUGGGAAACACUAGAAAGCCAACUAAAAAUAAAGGGCAUCGCUCAGGUAAAAUUACAUAUAAAUGGUGAGAUUACUAAGAAAGUAACUAUCUUUGCUGCCCCCUACAAUUUAUUUAGUUAAAGGCCUUGGUGGUAUGUAUGUAAAAAAUAUAUAGGCUUCAUAAUUUGGUAUUAUGGGAUGUAAGAAUUGUAUGGAAAUGUAAAAAAUAAUUUCCUGGUGCACCUAGUUGAAUGAAUAAAGGAAAUUCAGGGUAUAAAGCCAAGCAUUUGGACAGAGUGCUUUACACAGUAAUAAUAGGGAGUUUGAUGGGUUGGACUAAAGAAAAAAAAUCAGAUGGAAUACAAUGAUCUUGGAGAAACACCAUGGUUGUCCUAAUGAGUAGUAAUUAUGUUUUGACAGCAAGAUAGAAGAAAGA